AUGGAUUACCCGGAUGUUAAGGAUCUGGGGGGAGACAGUGGCUCUAGCAGUGACAGCGACGAAAACGAAGACAUAUCGGAUCCACCUGAGGAACCCCAAAGGAAUCGACCAGACUCUCCUCAACCGCCGCCCCCAGAAGUAGUAGCUCAUAACCUUUCAAAAAAUGAAGUCACCUCCGAAUCUACAUCCAGACCCCCUGAAGCUCAAAAAUCUAUCGCAGAAGCAAACCCAGGCGUCUCCAAAGCCCCUCAAAGUCUUCCAGUUCCUCCAUCAUCUGUGCCUUGCGUGAUACCUAAUGCUCCAACCAAUCCAGUCCAGGCUCUUCCUCUUCUGCUGCAGACCCCUUCAGGUGUUGGAUACGCCUCCACUCCAGACGGAAUGAUCCUAGGACUGCUGCAGGGUCCAAACAUUGUCCAACCUCAAUUGGUGGCGAUUCCUGUGGCCAGUGUCGGCAAUUUGGCUGCAAAUAUUGGAAAGAAACCGGAAAAUCCAAAGACUAGUUAGGUUGGAAGAUUGUGGAAAUGUGUGAUAUUUGGAACUUGAUAGUGUGUGAUACUGACAACAACAGCGCAGUCGGAGGCGGCGACUCGAGUGACAGUUGCAUCAGCGACGGCGAAAUGGACAGCGAACCGUCCGCCCCCUCUCCGAAGUCUGCCACGCCCACAUCGAGUGCGGCCAAUGGCAACGGACCGUCGACUCGACCGCCCAUCCUGUCGCCGUUGAUGUAUCAGACGCCGCAGGGCAUGAUGUACGCUGCCACGCCUUCCGGAGGCGGAGUCAUACUGGGACUGGCACAGCCCGAAGACGGAGCAACUCACCCUCAGUUCAUCACUAUACCGUUGUCGAUGAUGGGCGCACAACAGCACCAACAGAAUGGGCAGAGUGCGGAACUUGAUCUUUCAAAAAGAAAAUAAAUUAUCUGACUGUAUUCGAGGUUUUUCAAGCAUUUGAGGGGUUGAGCAGGGACGGUAAUCUCGGUUUCAGAAACUCACAGCGUUUUCAUGUCAUUUGCAUUGAUUAUAGCAUUAUAAGAGAGAGGUUAUGGCUCGCAGUGUAAAAUAAAAUAUAAUAACAUUGUUCAGAAGUUAUGACGCAUUAGCUUAGUUUUGAAUGACUCAGCGCUGUCCUAUUGUGAGGUUAUGCUUUCUUUUUGAAUUGUAGGAAAUUUCAGGCUGAUAAGACAGAUAUAUAUAUAUAUAUAUAUAUAUAUAUAUAUAACUUGAGACGUGGUCAUUGUCGUCUAGACCAGUUAGGUGAAAAAUUAAAGCUUCCGCCUUUUGUUGGGUACUUCGACAAAAUUUAAGCAAAGAGGACUCUUUAUACUUUUUUUAAUUCUCUCUAGCUUUCAAUGGACUUUGCCAUCAUCAUCAGGAGCUGCAAUUACAAUGAUAAUUGUAGCAACAAAAGUGUAAAACGAAUUUAAAUUGAAUCAACUUACAGUAGUAUGUGAG